AUGUGGAAUACGCUCACGGGUGAACGUUAUCGAAGAUUACGUGGGCACCGCGGUAUCAUCAAUGAUAUUGCGUGCACACGUGCUGGAAACGGGUGCUUUGCAUCGGCAUCGGAUGACGGUCGCGUCCUGUUUUGGGAUGCAGAGUCCCGAUACCCGGUGGAUUCACUCGAAUUUGGAUACCCCAUUACAUGUAUCGAGUUCUCCAACGACGCCUCACUGCUGUUUGUGGGUGGCGUCGAUAAUGCCAUUCACGCUAUGGAUUUAGCGACGAAAAAUCGGCAGUACUCGCUUCUGGGCCAUAAAGAUACUGUGGCUUCGCUUGCGCUUUCUCACGCUGGCACACGGCUCGUGUCGUCAGGUUUAGACGACUCUGUGCGUGUGUGGGAUGUGCAGCCAUUUGCGGCCGCAGCUCCUGCUCAGCAGCCUGGCGCCCCGCAGAAAAGUGCUCGCUUGAUCCGGACUUUGGAUGGUAUGGCGAGCGGGUUCGAGAGCUUGUUGAUCAAGGCUCGUUGGAGCCCGGAUGACGAGUUUGUCGCAUGUGGAAGUGCAGAUCACACGUCGAACGUAUGGAAGUAUGUUAACAAACACCCUAGUGGUUGUAUUUUUCAGGCUGACUGUGUGAAGCGUUGA